UUUGAAAGAGUUUUGACUGCUCAGAAUGAUGAGUUAAAAAAGAUUAUGGAUGAUGAACAAGAGUAUGAGGAAUAUGAACAAUUGGGUAACGAUAAAUAUACUAACCAUAUUGAAAAAGUAAAGAAAGUAAAACCAUACUUGGAAGCUUUAGAAAAACAAGUGGGAGAUAAAGAGGAUAUGGAAGGCGGCCCAGCUGUCGCUCGUCCUUGUCAUAUAAUUAACGAAGAUGGAGUUUGUAAAAUUGAUGUUUGUAUGUAUUAUUUUAUUUUAUUUUUAAAUAUUGGAUGAGUA